GGAAUCUAUUGACCUUUCACCUUUCAAGAACUGACUUGUUCAUUGAUAGAUCUAUUGUGGUGUCUAUAUAAAUAAUAUGUACAAAUUUUUUGAUGGUGUAAAAUUGUUGACAGUCGGUAGAAUAAUCUUAAAAUAAUAUGUAAACGAUCAGCAAUUGUUUAUCUUUUUCUUAUAGAAAAUAACAAGUAGUGUCUCUAACAACCCUUCUGCUUUUUGGACACUAUAUUUACUCAGAGGAAUGCAAGAAACCAUCAAGCAAAACAGAUUGCCAUUUGUCUAUUUUGAUAAUUAUCAGUUUCUCUCUCUACAAUUGUUAUUGUUCCUUCAUAUGAUCUGCAAAAUCUUGUAGCAAGAGGAUAGUUUAUUUCUUCUCUUCUGAUUCUCCCUUUGCUGUUGCUCCAUCAUUUUAUAUUCAAAAUCUUGUAUUAAGAAGAUAGUUUCUUUAUCUGCAAAAUCUUGUGGUUAGAGCAUAGUUUCUUUCCCUUCUCUUCUAUUCUACCUUUGAUUUGCAUAAUCUUGUCUCUGAGAGUGUGUGUAAGGAUGGCUUAUUCUACUCUUGUUUCACUUGAAAGAACCAUUGAUCAAUUCCUCAAUCAUAAUCAAUUUUCCAUUUCUCCUCACGAAAAAAAACAUAUUAUAUCUCUCGAUAAAUAUGUUAUUAUACUCCAAGCUUUUCUUGAGGAUUUUCCCGAGAAAGCCAAGAGUUUGGAAGCAAGAAUGAGGAAUGUAGCAAUGGAGGCAGAAGAUGUUAUCGAAUUGUAUAUGAUGGAAAAAAUCCACUACAAUAUUCGAUAUACCCACUGGAUUGCAGAACUAAGAAGAAUCAAGUUUAUAUUCCAGUUGCGCAGAAUAGAAAAUCAAAUGGAUUCAAUCGCCGGAGAGGUGGUGGAGAUCAAAAAUAGCAUCAUCACCAUCAAAGAUGCAGAACUUGAUGACUCUGUUGGGACUAGUUCAUCCUCAUCUCAGGGUGCAGAAGCUGGCAAAAUCGAUAUGGUUGGCUUGAACGAAGAUUUGAUAGAGAUAAAGGCUUGGCUUUGUGGAGAUUCGCGACAGCUCCAAAUCCUCCCAUUAACUGGUAUGGGAGGAAUUGGCAAGACGACUCUUGCUAGAAAUGCUUAUGAUGAUCCAUUAAUCAUGGAGCAUUUUGAGAUUCGUGUUUGGGUCACUAUAACACAAGAUUAUAGUGAAGAAAGAAUUCUUUCAAACAUCUUCGAUUCCUUGAAAGAAUUCAACCGAGAAAGGGAUGAUAGAUCCAUGGCGGAGAAAGUGUACAAAAUCCUAGUAGGCAGGAGAUUUUUGAUUGUGAUGGAUGAUAUGUGGAGCACCAAGGUACUGAAUGAUGUAAAGAAGUUGUUUCCUGAUGACAACAAUGGGAGUCGAAUUCUGUUAACCACAAGGUUGGUAGAUAUUGCUGUUUAUGCCAACUCUUCCACGCCUUCCCAUAAGAUGCGUUUGAUGGAUCCGUGUCAGAGCUGGAAUCUACUACGAGAGAAGGUGUUCGGACACCAAGAUUCCAACCCUCGUGAAUUGGAGGCCAUUGGAAGGGAGAUUACAAGAAGCUGCGGAGGAUUGCCCCUAGCAACGGUGGUGGUUGCAGGACUCCUAUCCUCGCUGUAUGAGUCCCUUUUUGCUGACGGAGAUGAAGCAGAUCUAUUGGAGAUGUGUAUUGAAAAUGAAUCUCUAACUCAAAUGAAGAGGGCUCGUGGGCACCGGUGGUGGCGACGCCGGCGGUGGCGAUGCAGGUCGCGAUGGCUGACGAGGGCGGCGCAAGGUUUGGAUAGCAGAAGGUGGUGGGGAAUUGGAUGGGGGACGCUCAGGCUACAGGUUAAAUUGGAGUAUGACGACUUUCUUCCUUCAACUACUACUGCUCUUGUAAAUCAAGAAUUUAUGAGAUCACUUGCCCAGCAGGUCGUUCACGUGAAAUCCCUUCUCGAGGGCUUCCCAUAUAUACACAACGGUUUGAAACGCCAAAUCUAUACAACAAAAGAUGUUAUCGAAUAUAUUCUAUCUCUAGAGUCCAAUUUAGAGUGGAAGCGCUCGUUGAAAAGAGCAGAGAAAUUAAAGUCAACUGCUGGAGCUGUAGACAGCUGCAUCAAGAGUAGCCAUCCAGUCAACAACGUACAACGACUGAGUGAUACUUCAACUGCUGUUGGUUCAUCAUCAAGACGUGAACUCACACGCAAAGAUGACGUGGUUGGUAUUCAACGAGAUCUGUCCAAAAUAAAGGAACAGCUUACUCGUCCUUCAGUACUCCGACUAAAAGUCCUCCCAAUUGUCGGAAUGGGAGGGAUUGGUAAAACUACACUUGCUAAACUUGUUUACAGUGAUAAAUUGAUUAUGGAGCAUUUUCAAAUUCGAGGUUGGGUGACAAUAUCACAAGAUUACAGUGUAACUAGUAUUGUUUCAAAUCUGCUUGCUUCGAUGAAAGGAAUACAAGGUGUGCAGAGCAAGAUCUCUGGGGAGGAGGAAAUUCACAGAUGCUUAAGAUAUAGAAGGUAUCUUAUUGUAGUGGACGAUGUGUGGAGUAAGAAAGCUUGGGAUGAUAUCAAAAAGCUAUUUCCUGACAACAAUUAUGGAAGUAGGAUCAUUCUAACCACAAGGCUACAAAAUGUGGCUGCAUAUGCUGACCCUUCUAAUUCCUUUCAUAUGAUGCGUCCCUUGAGUCAAAAAGCUAGUUGGGGAUUGUUACAAAAAAGGGUGUUUGGUGGAAGGUGUCCUCACAUAUUUUUAAGUGUUGGAAGAGAAAUUGCAGCACAAUGUAGAGGAUUGCCUCUAUACAUUGUAGUGAAGGGAUAUAGGCCUAAAGCCUCUAUAGAGAAUUUUAGUUUGCUUAAGAUUCUUCAUGUUCUACGUAGAAAUGAUUACUGGGAAUGGGAGCCAAGUCAAGUGUUUGAUCUGAUUCAUCUAACUUACCUUGCUGCCAACAUUCCCACAAGUAUAGUUCCUCCAACCAUAUCAAAGCUUCAUAAUCUUCAGACUUUGAUUAUUUAUAGAUCUGAGGUUCGUUUACCGGUGGAGAUUUGGAGGCUGAGCCAAUUGAGACAUCUUAUUGCCUUUUCAUUUCAUCCUUUACCCCAUCCUGAAGUAACAGCUAUUCCUCUAGCAAACUUACAAACAUUUUCGCUGGCAACGGAUUUUGUAUGUGUGGAAAUGAUUCCAAACAUUCAAAAGUUGGGAAUAUGCUACUCUGAAGAGAAGUUUAGUGAAGGCUAUCAUCCUGGCAAUCUGUUCGGCAAUCUGUUUCGACUUGAGAAGCUGAAAUUGGAGAGACAUAAUUCAUUUUGCGGGAGUCUGAAUUUUGCCUUUCAGUUUCCUCUGUCGCUGAAGAAGUUAACACUAAUUGGCUGGAAGCUUCCUUGGAGUCAUAUGAAGAUUGUUGGUUCGUUGCCUAAUCUUCAAGAGUUGAAACUAAGAAAAUAUGCUUGCAACGGGAAAUGCUGGGAAACUUCUAAGAGAGAUUUUGUUAAUCUGAGGCUUUUGCUUAUUGAUGAAUCAAAUUUGCGGCUAUGGAGACCUAAAAGUCACCACUUCCCACGGCUCAAGUGCCUAAUGCUUCUUCGUUGUCCAGAUUUGUCUGAGAUUCCAAUUGCUCUUGGAUACAUUCCAACGCUUGAACUGAUCGAGGUCGAUGAUUGUAACAAAUCUCUUUUGAAGUCAGCCAGAGAGAUUCAAAGGGCACGCCAAUCGAAUUAUGAUUAUGGCCUUCAUGUUCGUACGAUGCGUUCUUGAUAUACUCUUUCAGAUUCGACUCUGUGCUUCAUAUCAGAUGCAGAGUGUUGAUGAGCUAGCUUACCAGAUGUUUGACUGAUAAAAAAGGCAAAGAGAAUGGUAGAGAUCUGGCUAGUUCCAAAUUAUUGAUCAGAAAUUAAGUCAUUUGGCUUUCGGGUUUGACAUGUUGGUUUGUAAGUUGUGUCAACUCUUUCGUUUCUCUUUUCUUGUUAGGUCACAGGGGACAGAUUUGUAGUUUCUAUUUGUGAUUGUAAGGCAUGUGCUGAAGGCGACGACUAACUCUUUGCUAUUGGGUGUUUCACGAGUUAUAACUACUUUGAUAAUUGACUAUAUAUCUGAGAGGUAGAAGAGGGUUGAAUGAAGUAUCUUUCAGAAUCAAAUUUUAAA